AUGACAGACAUGAGCAGGCUGCUGGAGUCCGUCGAUGGCACUUACAAUGGCUCUGCAUGGAUUGGACUGUAUGAUGAUCCAAAGAAUAGCUGGAGAUGGUCUCUGGAAGACCCUCAGUUCUACAAGGAGGGAGAAAAAGACUUUAGGAACUGGGUCACAGCUCUAUCAGAAGUUUCAAAAAGGGAGCCUGUUUGCGUAAUAUUUGAACAUGGCAUAUGGCACAUUUAUCCCUGUGAAACUCUGCUUUCAUUUGUCUGCUUUGAUGCUUCGCUUGUCUCCCCUCGUCAGUAUCACUUUGUGAACGAGGCUAAGAGCUGGGCCGAGGCCCAAAGCUUCUGCAGACGCACCUACACUGACCUGGCCACUGUCGACAACAUGAGGGACAUGAACAGGUUGCUGGGGUCCGUCAAUGGCACUUAUAGCGGCUCUGCCUGGAUCGGACUGUACGAUGACCCAAAGAACAGCUGGAGAUGGUCUAUGGAAGCCCCUCAGUUCUACAAGGAAGGGGAAAAAGACUUCAGGAGAUGGUUCGAUUAUCCUCUGAAUGAACAUGGAAACGAUUUUUGUGCGCUGAUGUUGUUCAACACUCAACCAACAUAUGAGGAAAAAUGGGUUGACAGAUCUUGCAUGGAAGAACGUCAAUUCAUUUGCUAUAAGGGUAACAAAAAUACAGCCGGGACCUACGUUCCAAUAGCCGAUUCUAAAACCUGGAUGGAUGCUCAGAGUUACUGCAGGGAACAUUAUGUUGACCUGGCCAGUGUAAGAAGCCAAGAGGAGAAUCUGCAGAUUUUCACGGAAAUACGCAGAAGCUUUGAAAUCCAAUUUUUGGACGGAGUUUGGGGAGUUUGGAUUGGACUGUACAGGACCAGAAUGUGGUCAGACAACAGCAACUCAGCAUUCACUUACUGGAGAAAAGGAGAGCCUGAUAAUGGAAAAAAUACUAUGUAUGCGAACCUGGAUCAGCACUGCACCGCAGUGUCCUUAAAUGACUAUGGACAGUGGAGAGAUGAGAACUGUUUGACCACUCUCCCUUUCAUCUGCUACAGCUUGAAUUCCACAAAUCAAACCUCCUUGGCAUUGAAGUCCACAGCUCAGUCCUCCAUGGUAGUUAAUUCCACAAAUCAACCACCCCUGGCAGUAAAUUCCACAGCUCAACCCUUCACAGCAGUGAAUUCCACAAGUCAACCCUACACGACAGUGAAUUCGACAAUGCAACCUUUCACAGCAGUAUAUUCCACAGCUCAACCAUCCACGACAAUGAAUUCCACCAGCCAACCCUCCAUGGCAUUAAAUUCUACAACUCAAUCCUCCACAGCAGUGAAUUCCACAUCUCAACCCCCCACAACAGCGAAUUCAAAAAAUCAACCCUCCACAGCAGUGAAUUCCACAACUCAACCCUCCACAGCCGUGAAUUCAACAACUCAACUCUCCACACCAGUGAAUUCAACAACUCAACCCUUCACAGCAGUAAAUUCCACAGCUCAACCCUCCGUGACAAUGAAUUCCAUCAGCCAACCCUCCAUGGCAUUGAAUUCUACAAUUCAACCCUUUACAGCAGUGAAUUCCACCACUCAACCCCCUACAGCAGUGAAUUCAACAACUCAACCCUUCACAGCAGUAAAUUCCACAGCUCAACCCUCCACGACAAUGAAUUCCACCUGCCAACCCUCCAUGGCAUUGAAUUCUACUAUUCAACCCUUUACAGCAGUGAAUUCAACAAGUCAAGCCUCCACAGCAGUGAAUUCCACAACUCAAGCCCCCACACCAGUGAAUUCAACAACUCAACCCCCCACAACAGUGACUUCCACAACUAAACCCUCCAGAGCAGUGAAUUCAACCACUCAACCCUCCACAGCAGUGAAUUCCACAACUCAAGCCCCCACACCAGUGAAUUCAACAUCUCAACCCUCCACACCAGUGAAUUCAACAACUCAACCCCCCACAGCAGUGAAUUCAACAACUCAACCCCCCACAACAGUGAAUUCCACAACUAAACCCUCUACAGCAGUGGAUUCAACAACUCAACCCCCCACAACAGUAAAUUCCACCACUCAAGCCCCCACACCAGUGAAUUCAAUAACUCAACCCCCCACAACAGUGAAUUCCACAACUAAACCCUUCACAGCAGUAAAUUCCACAGCUCAACCCUCCACGACAAUGAAUCCCACCAGCCAACCCUCCAUCGCAUUGAAUUCUACAAUUCAACCCUCCACAGCAGUGAGUUCCACCACUCAACCCUCCACAGCAGUGAAUUCAACAACUGAAGCCCCCACACCAGUGAAUUCAACAACUCAACCCUCCACACCAGUGAAUUCAACAACUCAACCACCCACAGCAGUGAAUUCAACAACUCAACCCCCCACAACAGUGAAUUCAACAACUAAACCCUUCACAGCAGUAAAUUCCACAGCUCAACCCUCCACGAGAAUGAUUUCCACCAGCCAACCCUCCAUCGCAUUGAAUUCUACAAUUCAACCCUUUACAGCAGUGAGUUCCACCACUCAACCCUCCACAGCAGUGAAUUCAACAACUGAAGCCCCCACACCAGUGAAUUCAACAACUCAACCCUCCACACCAGUGAAUUCAACAACUCAACCCCCCACAACAGUGAAUUCCACAACUAAACCCUCCACAGCAGUGAAUUCAACAACUCAACACCCCACAACAGUGAAUUCCACCACUCAAGCCCCCACAACUGUGAAUUCAACAACUCAACCCCCCACCGCAGUGAAUUCAACAACUCAACCCCCCACAGCAGUGAAUUCAACAACUCAACCCUCCACAGCAGUGAAUUCAACAACUCAACCCCCCACAGCAGUGAAUUCCACAAAUAAACCCUCCACAGCAGUGAAUUCAACAACUCAACCCCCCACCGCAGUGAAUUCAACAACUCAACCCCCCACAGCAGUGAAUUCCACAACUAAACCCUCCACAGCGGUGAAUUCAACAACUCAACCCCCCACAACAGUGAAUUCCACCACUCAAGCCCCCACAACUGUGAAUUCAACAACUCAACCCUCCACAGCAGUGAAUUCAACAACUCAACCACACACAACAGUGAAUUCAACAACUCAACCACCCACAACAGUGAAUUCAACAACUCAACCACACACAACAGUGAAUUCCACCACUCAACCCCCCACAACAGUGAAUUCAACAACUCAACACCCCACAGCAUUGAAUUCAACAACUCAACUCCCCACAACAGUGAAUUCAACAACUCAACCCUCCACAUCAGUGAAUUCAACAACUCAACCACCCACAACAGUGAAUUCAACAACUCAACCACACACAACAGUGAAUUCAACAACUCAACCCUCCACAGCAGUGAAUUCAACAACUCAACCACACACAACAGUGAAUUCAACAACUCAACCCUCCACAGCAGUGAAUUCCACAACUCAACCCUCCACAGCAGUGAAUUCAACAACUCAACCCUCCACAUCAGUGAAUUCAACAAUUAACCCCCCCACAACAGUGAAUUCAACAACUCAAUCCCCCACAACAGUGAAUUCCACAACUCAACCCUCCACAACAGUGAAUUCAACAACUCAACCCCCCACAACAGUGAAUUCAACAACUCAACCCCCCACAACAGUGAAUUCAACAACUCAGCCCCCCACAACACAGUGA